GCGCGGGCCAAUCCGCUGCUCAUGCGCACUCAGGGCCUUAUGCUCCACCUCUCUGGCUCUCAGCCGCUCCGUUCCCUUGGCAACGUAGUACACAGUGCGAACCCUUAGUAGUGCACGAUGUGCUUCAGCAAAGUAGAUGAGAAGAGUAGCAGAGGACUACGGAACAGACAGCAGAAAAAGGGUAAGAAGACCUGGAGAGAUGAACACGGAGAAAGUACAGCUCGCUCACUCGCUCCGUGGAGUUACACAGCGAGGUUUACGGAAGGUGGAUGAUUACUCCUUUGGGACACGUCAGAAGAGGAAACUCUUUCCUCACUACCACCCCCCAACCUGGUUGGGGAACUCGUUUCUCCCUGUCAGGGGAUCGCCCCACACAGGCCCCGGGUGUUACACGGCAGCAGAUUGGAAUGGUUUAGCAUACAGCCUGUCUCAUACCCCGACCAGUACAAAAGGUUAUGCUAUUGGAGCCAGGACAGCCGUGAGGUUUAAGCCAAUCAGCAAGGAUGUGACACCAUAUCCAGGAAUGUACCAGAAAGUUUGUACUUGGAAUGAAAAAUCCAAACAAAGCUUUGCGCCAUUUAAUGCCUUGAUGCCUCGAUUUAGGGGUGAAGCUCAGGGCAAUUCUUAUCCUGGCCCUGGUACAUACAAUCCAGAGAAGAAGUCACCCCCAAAAGUUGUUUGGCCAAUGAAAUUUGGAUCUCCAGACUGGUGUCAGAUUCCAUGUCUAGAGAAAAGAACUCUAAAAGCUGAGCUCUCCACAGACAAGGACUUUAGGAAGCAUCGGAACCGUGUGGCCUACUUUAGCUUGUAUUACAAAUGAGAAGUGGGCAGUGUCUUCACGUGAUUUCCUGACCACAGAAUCUCCAGGCCCGAGGACAGAACUACUCCUGUACUUCUGUGUUCCUGGGGCCUCUUGUUGGCCAGUUCGGCAUCCAGGGAGGGGCAAGGGUCUCAUAGUCACCCUAUGAAAACAUAAAGACUGUUCUAGAAUGUUC